AUGGGGGCUGGCAACUUCACCUCUCCUACAGAAUUCAUCUUGGUGGGACUCUCUAGCGACCGGGACACACAGAUCCUUCUCUUUGUGCUCAUUCUCCUCAUGUACAUAUUUACCCUUGUGGGGAACCUCGGGGUCAUAGUGCUGGUACGAGCGGACUCCCACCUCCACACACCCAUGUAUUUUUUCCUCUCAAACCUUUCGAGUGUAGAGAUUGGUUUUGUCACCAGCACUGUACCCCAGAUGUUGAAUCACCUUCUAACGGGCCAUGGAGAAUUGUCUUUAAUCCGCUGUGCAUUACAGAUGUACAUGACUUUGUCUCUGGGUUCUGUCGAAGCAAUUCUGCUUGGAGUCAUGGCUUAUGAUCGUUAUGUAGCUAUAUGCCAUCCUUUAGUGUAUGCCACAGUCAUGGGAAGAUGGCACCAGUUGCAGCUUGCCUCAGCCUGCUGGGUAGGUGGCUUUAUCAUUGCUGCAAUAUGCGUGAGCAUCACCUUUUGGCACCCCUUCUGUAGCUCCUGCUGCAUCAACCACUUUGUUUGUGAGAUACCCAUGGUGUUGAAACUCGCCUGUGAUGACACCCGCAUCACAGGCUAUAUCAUUGUUAUGUUUGCAGGGAUUGUCAUUCUGGGACCCUUUUCCAUUAUCUUGGCCUCCUAUGGACUCAUUCUGCUGUCUAUGUUACAAAUGUGGUCAUCCGCUGGACUGCGCAAGGCCUUCUUUACAUGCGGCUCCCACUUAGCAGUGGUCACUUUGUUUUAUGGCACCAUCAUCUUUGUCUAUAUUCGACCUCAGUCUGGGACAUCUCCUGAAAACGAAAAACAAAUGGCUGUGUUUUAUCUUGUGGUCACCCCUCUUCUGAAUCCUCUCAUUUACACUCUGCGGAACAAGGAUGUCCAUGAGGCAAUAGUCAAGGUGCUGCAAAGAUGGGUUUUGUGA